AUGAGGUCAAUUCUUUCGCAGCUUGUAGAUACUACAGUCGAAAUAGCUAACAAAGUGGGCGCUUCAGAGAUCAUCAAUAGAGUAGUGGAUGAUUUGAAGGAUGAAAAUGAGCAGUACCGAAAAAUGGUGAUGGAGACUAUUGAGAAGAUAAUGGGUAAUUUGGGUGCUGCGGAUGUCGAUUCUCGUUUGGAAGAGCAGCUCAUUGACGGCAUUUUAUACGCUUUCCAGGAGCAAACGACCGAGGAUGUUGUCAUGCUCAAUGGUUUUGGUACGAUCGUGAAUACAUUAGGUAAAAGAGUGAAGGCGUACCUACCACAGAUUUGCGGAACGAUAUUGUGGAGGUUGAAUAACAAAUCCGCAAAAGUCAGACAGCAAGCUGCAGAUCUUAUUUCACGCAUAGCUGUGGUUAUGAAAACUUGUCAAGAAGAAAAACUAAUGGGACAUUUAGGAGUCGUCUUGUACGAGUAUUUAGGCGAAGAAUAUCCGGAAGUACUAGGUAGUAUUUUAGGAGCCUUAAAAGCCAUUGUAAAUGUCAUAGGAAUGACAAAGAUGACACCACCCAUCAAGGAUUUAUUACCAAGACUGACACCAAUCUUGAAGAACAGACACGAAAAGGUGCAAGAAAAUUGUAUAGACCUUGUAGGCAGAAUCGCAGAUCGCGGCCCCGAGUACGUUUCCGCUCGAGAAUGGAUGAGGAUAUGCUUUGAAUUGUUGGAAUUAUUGAAGGCGCAUAAAAAGGCUAUUAGAAGAGCCACUGUGAAUACUUUUGGUUAUAUUGCCAAAGCUAUUGGGUAAGUUGAAUGAAUUAAUCGAAAGUUUUCUCUGCAUACGUAUGCACGUAU